AAGUGUAUCCAGGAGCAGGUUUGAUAAGCUGCGUCUGCAGAGUAAACACACACACUCAUUCACACACACUCACACACACUCUAUGUGAGCGGAGGAGAGAGAAGAGGACUGAACUGGCUCUCCAAACAGAAAGACAUCAUGAAAACACAACACUGGUUCUUCGUUCAUCUACACUGUCUCCUGGUUGGCAGUUUAGUUGACUCCUCUUCCCUGUCCUCCUCCCUCCGUCCCCAGUCCGUCACCAGCAGGGUGGGCAACCAGGCGGUCCUUCCCUGCAGCUGGAAGACCCGUCUGGGUAAGGAGGCUCCGUCCACCUGCCACAUCCAGUGGGCGACCACGGAGGACACGGUGUUCGAGCUGCGGGGGGAGAGGAAGUGGCAGGCGGAGGCGUUCCAGGGCCGGAUGGAGGUUCCUCAGGAGAAGCUCGGGUCUGGGGAUUGCUCUCUGAUCAUCCACGACGUUCAGAUCGGAGACACGGGGAGAUACGAGAGCUUCAUGGUGGUGGACGGAGUGAGGGACAUGAAAACCAGGGUCUUCAUUCAGAGCGUCAAGCUGUCUGUGUUCGACCAUAAAACCCGUCAGUCCCGACGUCCAGGUGGGGAGCUGGUUCUGGAUCUGUACACCCUUCACUCUAUGAGAGUGGUCUUCCAGGGCAGGAACAGCUCGGAGUGGUCAGACGUGUGGAUGAGGGGCGACAAGGACACCGAGCGUCUGCAGAAAGACCUGGUUGAAGAGAAGCUGACGAUAAAGCAGCUGAAGAGCUCAGACGACGGGUUGUACAAAGUCCUGGAUGAGCACGGGCUCGCCGUCAGCACCGUGCAGCUCUACGUGGAAGAAGAGUCCACAGCUCUCAAAGUCGACCAGAUUCUGGAUAGACAAGCACUAACAGAUGACGCUGCCAGAAGCAGCUGUUCGGCUCUCCUCCUCUUGUCUGUUCUUGUCACGAGUUUCCAAAUUCUUCGUCUCGUCUGAGAAUCUUUCCUCCUCACAGAUAUCUGCUCACAGAUAUCGACCCUGCAAACUAUAACCACACAUAAUGGAGAUGUUCUCUGCUGUGUCGUCAUCGUGUAGCCUGAAUAACAUUUCAGAUAAGCCAGGAGAGCCGUGUGCCGGAUCACGUUGAGUUACAGAGCGUGAGGUCUGAUUGGAGGAAAUGUUUGGUCGAAAUGUCUUCAGCUUUAGAGUUAGGUGAGUUUGUACAAGUAGAGCAGGUUUCUGACACAAUAUCUAAUAUAUAAUAUAAACUCCAGCAGCACUUUUAGUAUAAAGAACAACUUUAUUUACCGUAUAUACACGGUGCAUAUUUCUCAGGGUGGGAAGCUGUCGUACCGCUGCGUGGUUGCAAGUCAUACAAAAUCUGACAAACUGGGAUGUCACUGCUUCCCGAUUGAUCAGCAUCUGAAAACAUCGGGAGGGACAUCGGACAUCUUGAUAGGUGAAGCAACAUCCAGCCGCUUCCUGGCGAACAUUCGUAGCGUUACAGGAUAUGACGGAAAAGUAUAUUUGCUGAAACUUUCACUUUAUCCUGACAGAAAUACAUGAGACAGACAAUCUGUUAAAAUAUCAGGAUCCUCUGGCUUGUACUUGCGCUCCUUGACGGCAUUUACAAGGGUCCACCGGGCCCGAACGCAAACAACCAAUCCGAGCUGAAAGAGCCAGAAAGAGGCUUUCUAUCUUUCUCUGCUCUGAUUGGUUGUUUUUGUUCGGGCCUAGUGGAUUCUUAUAGAUGCCGUUAGGAGCACCAGGAAGAGCCAGAGGGACCAGAUCCGUUCACAGAUUAUCUGUCUCAUGUUCUGUCAGGAUGAAGUGAAAGUUUCAGCAAAUAAAAGUAAAAGUUAUUUAUAUAAACGUAACCUGCUGCAGCUUUAACCAGAACGUUCCUACAGUCAGCCAUAUUGCAAAGUGAAGCAACAUAUUUGACGAGCUGUUAGCAUCCAGCCGCUUCCUGGCUAACAUUACCGUUCGAUAGCGUUACAGGAGACGGCAGAAAAGUAAAUUAAUUCUAGAAAAUCUGCACAUUUAUUUUGAGCCUGGAAGUAAAAUAGUCGAUGUUCUUUGCAGCUGACAGAAAACUUAAAGAACAUCGACCUGAAACACGCUGGACGGAACUUUAAUCCCGUUGCGACCUCAGAGAUGUUUUCCAGUUGGCGUUAAGUCAGUAACAUCAUGUGACAUCAUGUUCACUGGAACCCAUAUUCCUGUUUAAUGUUAAUAAUACACGAAAUAACUAAAAUGCUUUGAACUCAUUGUGUUGUAUUAACAUUACACAGAAAUAUUGGUUCCAGUGAGUUAAUGUCACAUAUUGUUACUGACUUAAAGCUGCAGUAUUUACUUUUAUACAAAUAUUUCCUGACAGAAAUACACGAGACAGACAAUCUGUUAAAAUAUCAGGAUCCUCUGGCUCGUACUUGCGCUCCUUGACGGCAUUUACAAGGGUCCACCGGGCCCGAACGCAAACAACCAAUUCGAGCUGGAAGAGCCAGAAAGAGGCUUUCUAUCUUUCUCUGCUCUGAUUGGUUGUUUUUGUUCGGGCCUGGUGGAUUCUUAUAGAUGCCGUUAGGAGCACCAGGAAGAGCCAGAGGGACCAGAUCCGUUCACAGAUUAUCUGUCUCAUGUUCUGUCAGGAUGAAGUGAAAGUUUCAGCAAAUAAAAGUAAAAGUUAUUUAUAUAAACGUAACCUGCUGCAGCUUUAACCAGAACGUUCCUACAGUCAGCCAUAUUGCAAAGUGAAGCUGUUAGCAUCCAGCCGCUUCCUGGCUAACAUUGCCGUUCGAUAGCGUUACAGGAUACGGCAGAAAAGUAAAUUAAUUCUAAAAUAUCUGCACAUUUAUUUUGAGCCUGGAAGUAAAAUAGUCGAUGUUCUUUGCAGCCAACAGAAAACUUAAAGAACAUCGACCUGAAACACGCUGGACAGAACUUUAAUCCCGUUGCGACCUCAGAGAUGUUUUCCGGUUGGCGUUAAGUCAGUAACAUCAUGUGACAUCAUGCUCACUGGAACCCAUAUUCCUGUUUAAUGUUAAUAAUACACGAAAUAACUAAAAUGCUUUGAACUCAUUGUGUUGUAUUAACAUUACACAGAAAUAUUGGUUCCAGUGAGUUAAUGUCACAUAUUGUUACUGACUUAAAGCUGCAGUAUUUACUUUUAUACAAAUAUUUCCUGACAGAAAUACACGAGACAGAUAAUCUGUUAAAAUAUCAGGAUCCUCUGGCUCGUACUUGCGCUCCUUGACGGUAUUUACAAGGGUCCACCGGGCCCAAACGCAAAUAACCAAUCCGAGCUGAGAGAUUCAAAAAGAGGCUUUGGGUUGGUGGAGUGAUGAUAGAUUGUUUAGAGUUUCAUUCACAGGGUAUCAAAGCAUCUGUAUUUGACUCCCUGAGAAUGAGACUCAGCAAUCACUCAUCAUCAAACCUCCAAGCAAAGCGUCUUUCUAUCUUUCUCUGCUCUGAUUGGUUGUUUUUGUUCGGGCCCGGUGGAUUCUUAUAGAUGCCGUUAGGAGCACCAGGAAGAGCCAGAGGGACCAGAUCCGUUCACAAAUGAUCUGUCUCAUGUUCUGUCAGGAUGAAGGAAAAGUUUCAGCAAAUAAAUGUAAAAGUUAUUUAUAUAAAAGUUACCUGCUGCAGCUUUAACCAGAACGUUUCUACAGUCGGGUGACAAGACAAUACGAUAAUGUUACAUUAAAAGCUUUAUUACAUCCAGUUUUACUGUCAGGCUUAAAUAAACGUGUCCAAGAUGUUUCAGAAUUAAUUUACAGCUUUCACAUCGUAUCGUGUAACGAUAUCAAACAGUAAUGUUUACACCCGUGUAUGACACGUAUCACGAUACAGUUACAAUUAAAUAUAUUUCAAUUUAAGAAUAAUACAAUUUUAGAAAUAUUUGUAGUAUGAAGAACACACCAUCAUCUGCAUAACACCUAACAUCAUAACCUUUGAGGGUUUAACCACAAUGUGCUUUUUAAAUCUGACACAAUAUCACACAACAACAUCAACAUCUAAUGGAUCUGUUGUUUUAUUUGAAAUAUGGCCUCGAUGUCCCGGCAGAUCCGUUGGGAAACUGUGAAAUUAUGAUUUUGUCAGAUUUUUUCUGUUUACACGACUCACAACCUGAAACACGGCAAAUAGAAAAUGUCGGACGUGUGAAUACAUUGAACUGUCAGACGAUGCGUCGGGGCGUCAAACAACACAAAUAACAUUUAAAUUAUAAAAUAAGAAAAUUUCUAAAUGUUAUUUGUAACGUGUGUUAUGACCCCGAUAACUCAGUCUGUGUAUAAAGUUGUUCUUUACAAGUGUUGCUGGAGUUACAACCUCCUGAGACGUAGAUCAGCACAUUAAUAAAACUAUUUCCAAUGAAUAUGAAGCUGGAGUCGUUAGCCUAACUUAGCACUGGCAGACUGGAAGCAGAGGGAAACAGUUACACCGGCUCUGUCUGAUGUUCAGCCAUUUAAUUAACAUUUAUAACAUAUUAUGGCCCAUAUUUAAUCAUACCAGUAUUUUUAUUUAGGAUGGAUUUGUAAUAAAUAAGAAAACAUAAGAGUUGGAGAGUGUGGAGACGUCAAAGCUUAAAAAUGGGAACAAAUUGUGUUUUUUUAAUCUGAUAUUUGAAAGAAAAAGACAAUAACAACACAACAACUUGCCAGCAUGUAAAUUGUGAGUGUGGACAGUGACUGAAGUGUGUUUUUAUGGAAAUUAAAGUCAGAAACUGUAGUUUUCAUCAAGUUUUGCACAAAAUUGAAAUACUUUAGACACAAUUCAGUGACCUCAUUUUAUAUAUAUUGUUUAUUUACUGACUUUUAUUCAACACACAAAUUCUAAAAAUGAAUAUGAAAUAAUUAUUCUUCAAUAAUUCAAAUGAUACAUAAACAUGAGAAGAAUACACCCAAUGUGACAUAGUGGAUUAACAAUAAUUGUAUUUACUUUACAAAUGUACCUAAAAUACAAUAAAGUAAAGAAAAAGUAAGAAUAUGGACAAAAGAGCUGAUUAAAAGUUCUGGUUGUAUUAAUAUAAUGUUAUUUACUCCGUGAUAAACACAUUGUUUUCCGUCUCUCCAACAUCAUUGUCUUUGAUAUCAAAAGCUGAAUAUUAAUUAAAUUUAAUGAUAGCUGGUUUGGAUUGUUAACUGUGUAAAUAUAAAGCUUCAGGUUUAUAUAGGUCUACGCUUACUUUCCAUUCUAACCAAAGUAGUAUUUUCACAUAUUUUAACCCAUUAAAAACAAAUAACAUUCAAAUAAUUCUGGUAUAUUUCAUGUUCAUACAAAUCAAUCUGAUCAAUAUAUUGUGUGGUUAUCGGGCUUUUGCUGUGCUGUGAUCUUCUGUAGCAAUCAGUAUUUAAUUCAUUUUGUUUAUUGUUUAUCUGUGUAAUGUAAAGUUUGGUUUCUAUUUACACCUGAAAUAAAAUAAAGACAUAAAAAUAAAAGAAAGCAAACACAA